UCACACCGGACAUAUUUUGGAAGCGGCACUGCAACAAUGGACGAGGUGUCCCAGCGUGUUUUGGAGUAUUUGACAGAAGUUGAAGAGGCAGCUGAAGAUGUUCUCACCACUAAACAGCAGAUUGUGGACCUGGAUACAAAGAGAAACAGGAACAGGGAGGCACUUAAUGCACUAAAACAUGAUGUGGCAGAUUCAGAGAAAGUCAAGGUUUGCUUGGGAAGCAUGUUUAUCAAAUUAUCCAAAUCCAAGACAAGAGAGAUGAUUCAGAAAGACCAGGAGCAGCUGGACAAAGAGAUAAAUGAUCUUCGCAAAGGGCUGAAAGCAAAAGUGAAUCGUCUCAAUGAGAUGCAAGGAAAACCUGAGCUGAGAGGCUACAGUCUUUCUCCUCUGUCCACUGAUGAAAUCAGAGCUAUUAACAGCCUUUUAAAGAGAUGACCGGAAUUCAACAAAUCACUGCAUCUGGGGACAAAUGCCACAUGUUGACAUGUUGACUGCAGCACUCCGUUGUUCAGAUGGGAGCACAGUGUGCCAGAGCUUCAAAUACACAUUUGUUAAGAUGAGACACACACACACACAAAUUACAGUAGGAGGAUUAGGUUGAAUGAUGGCUCGAAUGUCAGCUCAGCCUGGGAAAAGAGGAGAUUCGUUGGUGUGGUUAGAACUUUAUCUUACUAAAGUAUAUUUUAUACAACCAUAUUAAAGAAUGGAAGAAGUUCAUGGUCUUCCCAAUUACUUCUUUAAACAAUAAUCAGGUUUUUCUUUCUGCAGAGAGCUUUACAGUUCAAAAACAGGUGCAAACACUCAAAAGAUCUUGAUUGAUUGAUUGAUUGAUUGAAUCUUUAUUUUGAACAUGUUGAAAAAGUACAACAGAAUUAAAAAGAGACAAACAAACAAAGCAAAACAAAAGGAAAACAAGCAACCACAACUACAAAUAACUUUCAUGUUCAAAAAAGAUCUUCUGAAUUUACUACCUGGAACCAAACCAGGCCUGCCUGUUAGUAUAAAGCUGCACGUAGAAACAAAAAAUGCCAAACCAUUAUCAACAUGAGAACUGAUCGCAUUUUAAAGAUGGGAGUAGCUAAUGUGGAAACCAAUACAACUCCCAUUCUGUCUAAUGGCUAGCAAGAGCUAACCUCACUGAUUGAAAAGAGAAUUUCAGUUGUAUUGAAGUUUUUAUCUGUGACCUCGGUUAACACUUUCCAGGUGAAUUUAUGGUUUAAAUUUUUAGUUUUAACCUUUUUCUUUUCAAAUAUAACAUGAUUUUUUUGUAAAUUGAGUGAAGAAAAACAGGAUACCCUUUAGUGUUUGAUCAGCAAGUUGAUCGCUCAGUUCGAGGAGUCGCAACAAGAAUUUGAGAACUAGUAGUUGAUGUCACCACAGACAACUUUUAUAUACAGUCUUUGGCUGUGAUAUAUAUAAUCCAUCCUUCGAGCUAAUAAAAGCUGGUAACAUACACCCAGGAUUUGUGUUAUUCCCCUUAUUGCAUAAAUAAUCCAGUAUCAGCUUAAGAAUUCACUUGCUAUCAUGCACAAUGAAAUGAUUUCAUCUGGGUCUUCCCAAGAAAGCACCGGAUCUGAACUCCUAACUCAGGUCUCGGGUCCUGAGGAGGCGGUGGAUCCAUAAUGUCUAUCAUGUUAGAAUUCAUCUCCUUAUUCACACUGGACUUAUGAAGAUCUCUUUCUUAUGCAAUUUCAGGGUAGUUUAAAUGAUUGUGGUCAAAGUCAACAGCUUAAUGGAAUAACAAAUUCAGAGCAAUAGGCUCAUGUUGACACAUCGAGGGGCAUUUAGCAGUUUCUUUUUUGGGGGGUAAUAGUUCAUAAUACAGCCUGGGACUAAGGGCAUUUGAAAUUACAGUGUAAUUAUAUCUACCUUAAAAUACUUAAAAGUAGGCACAUUAAAAUAAGGGGGUAACAAGUCAGGGUUUUUUUUUUAAAGGAAAUAAAUAAAUUACAAUGAUAAUAAUAAAAAUAAUAAUAAAUUUGAGUACUGUAUCUGGUCUUUAAGUGAUGACGUGAUGAACCCUGCUUCCGGGCCAUAACGACUCUGCGUUUAUUAAGGUUUUUUUGUUUUUAAUAUGUUUUAAUGUUUUGUAUCUUCUUCUAUUUAAUCUCAACAAGCCACUAAAAACAGUCCGUGACCACUGUCAGCCUCUCUCGGUUUUUAUUACCGCUAGUCAUUUUAAAGCUCAGUUUUUAAAACCUUAUGAUGUAACUACAGCCCAUGCAGCAGUAUAUUAAUGACUAACCUCGUAUUGUGGAUGGAUUAUCUCAGUUGUUCUCCUGACUGAAGUUUGGUCCAUUUACAGCAUCCUGCCAUGCGAUUGCAUUUGUCUCUAACUAGUGCUGGGCGAUAUGACGAUAUAUAUCGUGUGGACGAUAGAAAAGUGUCUAUCGUGCCAUUUGUCUUCUAUCGUUUCUAUCGUUUCUAACCCGAAUUUUACAAAUUAUUACAUAAAAUAUAUCAUUAACCCUUUACAACCGGUCAGAGCAGGCACACUCCGUUUUGCCUAACUAUUUUUAAAUCCCUGUAGAACUGGAACCACGUAAGGUAGCGCAAUAAUGUUUUUUUUUUUUUGCAUAUUAAACCGUAGGGGUUGUACUUACAUCUUAUUCCAUUAGCUUGCCCUAGGUCACGGUUUUCUUCCACAUAUAGCUUUCCAAAAUUUGCAUAAAAAGCACUUCCAGCAACAAAAACAUAAUAUUCCAGACUUGCAGCAACAAAAACAUAAUAUUCCAGACUUGCAGCAACAAAAACAUAAUAUUCCAGACUUGCAGCAACAAAAACAUAAUGUUCCAGAAACAGGCUUUGCCGAUCCGAUCAGCUGUUCAUAACACUUCCUAGUUGGAAUAUAAGUCAGCGCAACUAUCGCAUGUCCGCCAUUACCUGUCCGAAACCGGAAGUGACGUCACUUUCGCGGAAAAUGUUUUUUAAGCUUCAAAGUCUAUGUUGGUGUUUUUAAAAGUCAUGUUUGACUUUAUGCUCUUCUGUAUCGUUUCUGGGAUGCUUAGAAGUCAAAUUACACUGUUGGAAAUAGUUUAUUUUGAUGCACAUGCUGUUUUUUUGCAAAUUUGCAUUUAUUUAUUUUCAUUUAUAUAUAAAAAUUUGUGUAUCUCAAAAAUAAAACUAUGAAGACACUCAAAAUAAAUAAAUGUAAAGAUAAGCUCUGGCGGACUUGGUUCUAUGGUAGGUCUUAAAGGGUUAAAUAGCCUGUGCAAAUAUAUUAGUGUUGUCUUCUCACUAUACAUACUCUGAACUUUAUGCAAGAGAAAAUAAAGUAUAAAAAAAUGAUAUUUUUCACAAAGAAACUGUCUUGUGGUUUUGCAACAUGGUGCUGCUUUACAUGCACCCAGAUUUGCGACAUACUUUACAGUAACUCAAAACAAAGACUGCACCCUCUCCACUCGCUGUUUACAGACUGCAUACUUUCCAGAUGACCACAGGUCAGGUGGUAUAUCGUGAUAUAUAUCGUUAUCGUGAUAUAAAAUAAUUCAUAUCGUGAUAAAUAUUUUUUCCAUAUCGCCCAGCACUAUCUCUAACCAUCAGGAACCCUCACGUUAACUUUUAUCGAGUGGCUAAUGACGUCAGACUUAAAGACCGGAUAGGUAAUUUUAAGUAGUGAACAUUUUACAUCUUACAUCUGAUAGGGAUUUAAGAUUACUUUUCAGGCCAGAAGCCACAUUGUGGAGUGGAUUAAUGUUACCUUUUUACAUCUUGACUUUUUUUUUCACUUCAUUUUUAAUACUCAUUAUGCCAAUUUUCCUCUUAUUUUACGCAUGUAAAUGGGAGAGGGAGUGUUCUCCCUUACUAAUUAAAACAACAACAAUACAAUCAACACUUUCAAGCCUUUGAUGAUCUUAUAAUGUUGGAGCCACACUAAAGCAUUGUAUGACCUUCACCCCCAAAAGAACAGUAUGCUUUCAAUGUAAGAUGGAGAAAUAUUUGUUUUUCUGCAAAGUUACCAAGAAAUUACUCAGUGCUGAAAACUACUUACAGUAUAAUUUGUGUUAGGCAGCACGGUGGUAAGCACUGUUGCCUCACCAUCUGGCUAAGGCCUUUCUGUGUGAGUUUGCAUGUUCUCAUCGGGUACCCUGGCUUCCUCCCACAGUCCAAAGACACGCGGUUAGUGCAGUGUUGCCAACUCCUGAGUAAGGAAAAUCGCUAUUGGCUGUCCUAAAAGUCGCUAGAAGUCACUAAAUGACGUCAUUGCCUAAUUUGUAGGAGAGAGAAAUAUCGUGGAAGAGACAUAAAGUGAUUAAAAAACACAAUAAAUGCAUUUAGAAUAUAUUUAGAACUACAAAUUAAAUUUUGUUUAGCAAUUGUUGUUUUUUUAAUGUCACAAUUCCAACCCACCUCACCAUCUGGCCUUGGUACCGGCAAAAGUGACCCGAAAUAGGCACUCUGACAGAGUUACUUUUUGUGUGUGUGUUUUUAAGCAGUUUUAAACCUUGUGAUUCACAAAAAGUAAGGGUAAAAGAAGAUCUGAUUGUGCUACAGUCAGGGCAGGAGCAGCGGCUUCGCGCAUGCACGAUUCAUUUGCAGUUUUGGAGGCGUAGGGGGUCAACAUCUCCUGCUCUGACAGCUGCUGGGGGCAACUGCUGCGUGACGACAAUCCGUCGCCUGUGAGCGCUUUGGCACAGGCGAGGUGCCCAUGGCAGCACCCGCUGCUUGUUGAGAGUAAGAGUGAUACGUGCUUUCACGUCAGAAAGUGGUCCUAAGUCUUCCUAAUAACACCACCAAAAGUCGCCAGAUUUGUCGCUAGUCUCUUUUUAGAAAAAAAAGUUGCUAACGGGGUCUGAAAACUCGCCAGGGCCUCCACUCCUGGCCACCCGGCACACAAUGCACAAUGCGCCUCCUGCGGGUGGUGGGCCUGCAGGAAAAUGGCCCAUGUCCCUUUUUCGGGGUGUGCCCGGCCAGGCCCCGUGGACUAAGGCCCGGCCACCAGACACUCGCCCUCAGGCACCCUCCCCGGGGCUGGCUUCAGGGCGGGGCCCGAUAACCCUAAACCCCGGCAGGGUGAACUGUUCUCUUGGUGUUCUACUCAUAGGGGUCUUCUGAAUUGCUCUUUGUCUGGUCCCUCAGCAUCUGGGAGGGGCUCAGAGUAGAGCCGCUGCUCCUCCACAUUGAAAGGAGCCAGUUGAGGUGGUUCGGGUAUCUGACAAGGAUGCCUCCUGGGCGUCUCCUGGGUGAGGUGUUCCAGGCAUGUCCCACCGGGAGGAGGCCCCGGGGCAGACCCAGGACACACUGGAGAGAUUAUAUCUCUCGGCAGGCCUGGGGACGCCUUGGUGUUCCCAGGCCACAAGCUGGAGGAGGUGGCCAGGGAGAGGGAGAGGAAAUUAUUUCUUUGUUUCCUGUUAAAUUCAGACUUGCUGCCCCUUUUUCUGUGUGCCUACAUUUUAGUAUUUGAAGAGAAAUAUAAUUAUGUUGUAAUUUCAAAUAAAAUACCAUGGAAUUCCAUUUAAUUACAGGGUAAUUACACCCUUUAUCGCCAGCUGUAUUGUACAAUUUUAACUCCUAACUGCUGGUGCUUUUUGAUGGUGCACCUCGAGGUGGUGCUGUGGACCGCAGUAGCUGGAAAACAAAUUCUCUAGAAAUUUGUAAUGAAGUAUUUUUUGGGUAAGAACUGUUUAUUAGCCUUAGCCAUCUUUGCCUUCUGGAAAUCUCUAAAAGCCUUACAGAGCAACAAACAUAAAUGGAGAAAUGAGCAAAUACAUCCAUAAUGUCAAUGUAUCUGUAGCUGGUUAACAGUAAAACAGGAAGUUUAAACUGUGAUGGAUGUUUACAGCUUACAGUUUAGAUUGUAGUGUUUAUUUGGAAAAGAAACUUUGUGCCUGCGCACUGCAUCCGAGGUCACACUGCUUGUUUAUCACUCAGGUUAUAAUUAAAGAUCGUACAGUAUGACUCAUCUGAAGAGAGUUUAGAUGUAUUGAAAAAACACACAUAUACACAGCAGCUGUACACAGCAGCUGUACAAACCUGCAGACCAGCCAAAACAUAUCCAGACAUAUAUACAAAUACAUUUAUUAAAAGAACAAUAAUCAAGAGGAGGAGAUGUUAAUGCUGGUGUGAAGGCUUUGGAGGCAGACAGUGAAUAUGGGCUCUGUCACUGCUUCUGAUUAAUUUUUUCCCAAUAAGUAAAACCUGAGAGUUUGAUAAACAGCAGCAGCAGCACCAUCAAUCUUGCAUGUCACAGUGAGAGCUGCUGUUUACUGGAGAAGAGCAUCAGUGCAGUGAGAGUUGGGCUUCCUAAUGCAUGUUUGUGUAUGGAGGCCGAGGCCUGCACACAAUAAAAAUCAUAAUAACAUAAUAAUUCUGAAUAUGUGUGACACACAAUGAUUAAAUAGUAAACUUUCAAACUUGUAUCCUUUUUUUCUUUAAAUGGUUUAAGCUUAAUUGAGUAUCAGAACAGUCACUAAACAUCAAAACUUAAAAGAACUAUAUUUAUGUUGUGGAAAGAAAUCAAUCUAAAUAAAUUCUUAAUAGGAAUUAAAAUGAUCAACAUAAAAAAUGCUGUACAGAAGUUUAGCAUGUUUAACUGGGAAUGGGUCAGAGCACCUGAGCACGGUCGCAGCAAAGAUGUAUUUCACAAGCAAAGAUGCAGCAUCCACCAAAAUAUAUCUGCUUUUGUCUUCAGUUGUGUUGUGAAGAGUCGAAUGUCAAAUACACUUAAGUAACGCCAUUCCCCCCAGAAGAAGCCAGUCCAUGAAUGCAUCGAGGGGUUGCAGUAAGGUCAGAACAAAAGCAACGAUCCCAGGACUUUUUAUCCAGAGUGAGCAACAAAGGAAAGACUGAAAGAGAGAUUAUGAGUAGUUCAAAUAACACGUCAUGCCUUCUCUUCAUUAUAGAAGUGAGGACUAUGAAGAUACGUUAAAAUAAAAUAUAUUUUUGCUUUAGACAGAUAUCUUAUGUCCUUUCUCUGUGGUGUUGACCAAUGUUAUGUAGACUACUAAAAUAAAAUCAGUUCUUGUAGUUGAGGUCAGAAGGUGGCACUGCAGAGUCAGAGCCUGCACCCACUGCCUCGAUCGAUCGCCUUCAUACAUGUAAUAACAUGCCCUGUAAUUACUGAUUUACAACAGAAUACUAUUCAGAGUUUUUGUUUGGCAAUUCUGUAACAUUUAUAAUCAUGGGUGGAAAUUACAGUGAGGACAUGGAGCUCCUCCUAUUGUGUUAAAAAAACAAAAACGUUAUGUGUAUGUAAUGUAUGUUAAAUCAUCAAAUCAUUCACAUUCAAGAGCUUUUCUUUGGUUUUUGAUCACUGAUAGUAUUUUCUUAUUUCCCAUGAGCAUACCCUGACUGGCUGUUGAACCCCUUUGUGAAAAACCCUUUAACUUCAAACACACCUGCCACUCCGAAAGGACAGGUGACAGCGCUCAGACAAAAAUAAAUAAAUAAAUAAAUAAAUGUCACCACUUCACUGAUUGAAUAAGAAUAAAAGAAGCCAAAACAGGAAAGGCUAUGAAAUUAUAGUCUCUACUGCCUGCUUUCGGAAAAUGGGAGGUGCAGAUUAGGCCAAAACACACCAAAGUGCUCAGUGAUGUUACUUUUAGUACACGCAGCCUAGUAAAGCGUGGUCACUCAGUCAUGUGUGCUCACACAGCACAAACACAAGAACACGGAGAUGCCUUUAUGUGUGCAGCAUUCAUUCUUUAGUGGGGCACUGAUUCUGUUUUCCUUCUGUAUUUUGGUGGAAAGUUAUUGUGCUCUUAAAUCUUUCUUAGUAUUCCGUCUUAGAAUAAAUGUAUGCACACACAGGUCUGAAGCUUUUCUACAGCUGCUGGGUUUUCAUGUGUUUUCUAUUAUCUUAGUUUUCUUCAGGUGAGACAUAUUUUACAUCCUUAGAUGGAAUCUGAAUGAUAAACACCCACCGUGCUGACCUGAGGCAGAGGGAACAAAAUGAAUAACAGCAUUGUGGUUUAAUUCCGUUGUCUGACAUGCUGCUGAGCACGGGGAGGACACGAAUAACUCGAGGCAACCGGAGAGAAGAAGAGGGAGGGACAACAGCGGUCACGGAGUGUGUGUGAGGAGGCAGAGGUGGUGGUUUCGGUUCACUCUCUUCUCUGACUUUGGUUGCGUGCCACCGCGCUCAGGCCUGAAUCCAGCUCUGAGUGAUGAGUUUAUGAGUCAAAGGAUGGGAACCUGCUGAUUGUCUCAAAUGUGAGACAAUUAUACCAAACGAUACACGCGAUGGAACCGAGAAAUGAAAGUGACACACUGGCAUUCUGAGCCGAUGAUUGAUUAUACAACCACGCUGUUUGCCUCCACCAGACUACAAGAAGAAAAUUAAUCACACCCGAGAGGAAUGAAAAUAAAUCCAUAAACUAUGUGUAAAUUAUAGUGGCUUUGACAGUUCGGUGUGGAGCUGUAUCAAAGGCCAACCCUAUGGCUCUAAUUGUGCCUUAGCUACACUGACAUAUUAAUCACAGUUUGCAGGUUAGCUACCCUCAUGUGCUCCAGAAAGCGGCAAUGUUGCUGCAACAUUUGGAUUAACACAUUCAACAGCUGUCACUCCCUGGGAGAGGACUUUAAUUUAUCUGCUAUUGAAUUCAAAAUGUGAAACUCUGAACUACCCACAUGGAAAUGCUACGAGUUUUCCUCGGCAUGUUAAUUGUGCAUGCGUGUGUGAGGCUACGGUUCCUUCCUGCUGCGAGCCUGAAUUGGUUAAUAGCUUUCUGGAGAAGAGAUCUCAUUUUGCUGUCAUUCCCACGUCAUCCUAACCUCCAGCGCUGCAGUGAUGAUUUACUGAAGGCUGUCCUUAAGUAUAGAAUAUGUCCUGUCAGAGAGGUGAAUGUGCAGGCAAAUCUGGAGGAUAUGAGUCAAAUGUUAUGUGUGCGGUAGAGAUGCUUAUUUUGACAGACUUGGCUCAGAGAGGUGUUGUUGACUUGGCAGAAGAGACUUCGUUGCUCAGCUGUCGCUCACAGAAGCGUUUAUGCUGUAUAUUACAGCAUAACAUUUUUCACCACGGCGAUGAAAGCUCAUCUUACGAAAGCACCGGCGAAUAGAACAAAGGAAGUCAAAGCUUCACACACCUCAUGCAGCAUUUAGACAAAAUGCUUCAAAGUGAGGGGAAAACCCCGCAGGUUUAGCCCUGAACAUAACCUCAGAUGAAUUCGGAAUAAAACAUUCAUUCGUAUGUUGCAUCAGUGCUUUGAGUCCUCCGCUAAAGCCGAAAAGUGCUAUACCAGUCCACGUACCAUUUACCAUACACCACAAUUCCUACCUGUCAGCGCAACUGUGAGAAAUUAUUAUAUUGUUGUGGUAGUUCAAGUUUAGUUAUAUGCUAUGUAAUAUUACUAGCAUACAUGGUUGGCAUUUAAAGCUAAUUAUAUCUAAAAAGCUUGUCAUUGAAGCGCCACUCUUAUCAGUGUGCAGUAGUGUUGGCUUUCUUCACAUUCUCUCGUAACACCUGCUGUUUAUUAGCUGCUGUCCCCUCUUUAUUCCUUUAGCAUUAGUCUCUUCCAGGCAACCUUAUGACCCUCUGAGCUGUUUUCAGUAACACGUCUCAUGCCAAGAUAAAUUAAAGUGAUGAAAGAUCUGCAAAAAACUUCCUGCCCAAACAAGUUGGAAAGCUGGUGAUGCCUGCCCUGUCUGUGGAUUAUUCUAAAGUUAUCUACAUUACAGUCACAACACAGUAUUUUGCAACAUGUAAAUUAUUUGUUACAUACUGACAUCAUUCAGAUCCUGUUUCACUAAUAAAAAUCAUUUGUACAAGUUACAGAUCUAUUUUCCAUGAAUUCAGUCUGUCGAUUCCCUUGGUUUAUUUGUUGCCACAUAUUUGUCUCAUUAUUGUGCAUCGUUGUCUUUUCUAACCUACUGUGUGUGGCUGUUAUCUCAAGGUUUAUAUUGUACUUAACUCCUUUGUUCCACGUUUUGCCUAACUGUCAGUUGCUUCAACAACUAAACUUUAACCUGACAAAAUAUUCAAACUAACCAUAAUACCAUAAUAAUACCAUAACCAUAAUAUCAUAUUUUUCUUUUGCAUUCCCUCCCAGCAGUGUUAAGAUCGUUGGUGUUAAGAUCUGAGUCUAUGACUUCAUUGUGGCAUGUGUGAUAUAACUGUGGUUAAUGCUGGCAGACAGUAAUAUUUGAAAUUUCUCCUCCUGAGACACAGUAAGACUUGUUGUAUCCUGAAUCGGGAUAAGAAAGAAGAAUCAGGACCUGUUUCCUUUUCCUGUUUUCUGCCAAUGGAAGCUGUUUUGAAAUGUUUUCACUUUUAUGUCAAACUCCGCCCGCCUCUGCUGCAUUGGAAUCCUACUUAUUGGCUCUUACUUACCUGGCAGACCUCUUACACCUAUGCACUCCACAAACAUCUCUCAGAUCAACUGACCAGCCACUCCUUGCUGUCCCCAUGUCGAGACUGAAACACCUGGGGGACCGAGCUUUCGCUGUUGUGGCCCCCAAAUUAUGGAAUAAGUUGCCCCUCCAUAUUAGGCUGGCCCCAACACUUGAAAUCUUCAAAUCACUUUUAAAAACACAUCUUUUUCCCAAGGCGUUUUAGGAGUAGUACCCGAGUCAGCAUGUAGUCAGUUUUAGUCAGUUUUUGGUUGCUCUUAAUCUUCUGUGCUUUUAUUUAUUGUCUAUUUUAUUCAUGUUUUAAUAUUUACUGAUUCAUUUUUAUCUUUUCUUCAUUUAUUUUAUUGUUAUUUGACUUUCUUUGUUUAAUGUAUGGUUUUUAACUUUUACCACUGUUUUUACUUUUUACUGGAAAGCACUUUGGU